AUGUCCUACGUCUACACCCCCACCCCCGCCCGCUCAGAGCCCGCCACAAUCUCCGGCCGCCGCCUCUCCACGGACGCCGACUGCGGCAUCCACCAACACAUCACCCUCCCCCGGCGCACCUACUCCGUCCCCACCGCGUUCCCCACCCGCCCCACGCAGAAACCACGUAGGGCCGGACUCGCGUUGCUGGGCAUCGGCCUCCCCAGCACGCGCGGCGGGGCCGUCGCGGGCUUCCACCCACGCCCCGAGCGCCCCCGCCUGCAGCGCCAGGCGGGCCCCAGGCUCGACACGCCGUUCACUGCGGUCCCCAUGCGCUCCAUGCGCCGCCGUGUCGCGGGCAGCUUCCCCAUGUCCCCAACCGCGCGCUCGCGCAGCGGUACGACGCACGGGCUCGGGCUCGCCAUGCAGCGCGAGGGCUCGCUCCCCCUACAUGCGGAGGACGCACCGCACCCCGCCAUCACGCUCACGCUCGCGGACGCGUUCGACUCGGAGGGCGAGGAGGAGAAGUUCGGGCCCCACAACGCUGAAGAGGAGCAAGCGCACGCAUUGGGCCCGCGGUACUCCUUCCUGCCCCCGGGGCUGUCGUCCCCGGUCCCGUGGCCCUCGUCGCCCGUCGACGAGGCUCCUCCCGCCGAGCUGGCGAUGGCCGCGGCCACCCCCACGGCGCGGCCCAUGAUCUUCCGGCGGCUCGCGAGCCCCGCCAUGCGCGUGCCGGUACCUGCGGACGACCCCGCCAUGCCCGGGGCGCCGCUCUCCCCCUCGCUCUCCCGCUUCGGGACGCACCACCAUUUCCCUGGGCUCGACCACAGCCCGGGCGGAGUGGGGGACGAGGACGCGCUGCUGGCGGGGAUGACGGGGGCCGUGCCUUCGCGGUCAAGGACGAGGGUGCCCAUGACGCCGCCGAGCGCGCCUCGUGCGCCUUGGAUGGAGCGUUUUUCGAGCGAUCGUUUGUACCACCAGUACCACUAG